AUGCCGGUAAUGGAGAUAGAGCACACUGGGUGGCCUCGUUACCCUUGUAAAACCGUCGCCACGAAGGCCAAGAAAAAGAUACAACCCCGUUUCAAAUCCAGCUCCUCUGAGAGGCCAAUCGACACCUCCGCAACUACGUCCAACGCCGCCGCCGCCGCCGCCGCUGAGUUGAAGAGUCCGACGACAGUAUCUAUUUCCUCCUCGUCGGAAUCAGACAGCGGUAUGAAGUCAUCGAGUUCGCCAUCGGACGGUGGAUCUGGUCCGACCGGGCAUGGUAAUGAGUCGGGCGGCAAGGGCUCGAGUCGGAGAGAGCAUUUGGCGGCAAAUCUGACGGACAGGGACGUGCUGGAUUGCCCUAUAUGCUGCCAACCCCUUUGCUCCCCCGUGUAUCAGACUUUGCCUCGGCAAGACCUCUUUGCUCGCUCCAGUCCACAUGGAUUUUUUCCCGGGGUGACGGCCUGCCCAGCCCUCCAACUUCACCUGCUUUUGGGUCUCGAGAAGGUUCUAGAAUCUCUCAUCUUCCCGUGCAAAAACUCGUCCUCUGGCUGCACGGAAUCGUUAAGCCACACCGAGCGACUCUCUCACGAGGAGACGUGCGAGUUCACUCCUUUCCCGUGCCCUUUCCCAGGCUGCAAAUUCUCAGACAAGUACAAGCACGUCUACAAGCAUUUCACUCUGGAGCACUCGUGUCUGUCCCAAACGUUCUCUUUCGGCACCUCCAUCUCAUUUGUGGGUAAUUAUGAGGACAAAUUCUUUCUUCAGGAAAAGAUCCGCAAAACACUUUUCGUGUGCACCCGUGCUGUGAGUUCCCAUGGGGUUGAGGUAGAUGUGUUCUGUGUGGGGCCCGCGUCAAUUGAGGGAGCCCCGUUUUCGUGCGACCUCACGGCGAGGGUUGGUGUGGGCACGUCGUUGAAUAUGAAGACGAGUGUAGAGUGCAAGCAGGAGAGGACGGACGAGGACCGCUCGGGAAAGUACCUUUUCGUUCCUAGGGACCUGAUGAAAGGAGUGGUCCCCCUCGAGUUGGAACUUGUUCUCAACGAGAGUACUGCUUGA